AUGCCCAUGGCCAUGCACAUGGUCAUCAUGGAGAAGGACACUGUAAAGGACACAAGGGGGAGCAUAAACAUUCCAGCUCCAGUGAUUCUAGUUGCAGCUCAAGUGAUAGUGAAUGUGAAGGAAAGCACCACGGAGAAGGCCACGAGCAUAAGAAAAAGGAAAAGAAACUGCAUAAGGAGAAGAAGCCUAAGGACAGCAAGGAGAAAAAAGAAAAGAAAGAGAAAAAGGAAAAAUGUGAGAAGAAACACUAAUCAGAGAAUAUUUACAGAUAAAAAUACAAUUGUGUCUGUAUUCUACACAUUUAAUGUGAUGUAUUGCUCA